AUCGCACUGUACUUGUGCAACUUUUCCUGGAGCGGCUGGUUGGUCACAUCUCAGCCGCUCUGUAACUUCAACAGCCGCUAUGUCGUUUCUGGAGCAACCCUGGUGUCCGACCAGCGUCCAGGUGACCGUCCUCCAAGCCCGCGGCCUCAGGGCGAAGGGCAAAGGCGGCACCAACGACGCGUAUGCGCUCAUCCAAAUGGGCAAAGACAAGUUCCAGACCUCCGUGGUGGAGAAGAGCGUGGCGCCUGUGUGGAAGGAGGAAGCCGCCUUCGAGCUGCCGCAGCAGGGCACGGAAGGGGAGCGAGGCACGCUGCACGUCCACGUCCUGCACAGAGCCCUGGUCGGUCCGGACAAGCUGUUGGGUCAGGCCGUCAUCGAUUUGGGACUGCUCGCUCAGGAUAAGAGCCGUAACAAAACUGAAUGGUUCAAGUUACUGGACAAGAGCGGCAAGUCGGAUAAAGACCGAGGCGAGGUGCUGGUGGACAUCCAGUUCAUGAGGAACAACAUGACGGCCAGCAUGUUCGACCUCACCGCCGUGGGCAAGCCUCGAUCCCGUCUGGGCAAGCUCAAGGACAAAGUCCGGGGCAAGAAAAAAGAACCGGAUGCGGUGGCGUUGUCGUUCAGGCAGGUCCUCACUGACAGCGAGGAAGAUGAAGAGGAGAGCGUGGCUGGCGGAGCAGCUGCGGGCGAAGAGAAGAAGAAGAAAGCUAAACUCAAAUCUUUGUUUUCGCACAAGUCCAACUUGCAGAAGAACAUGUCACAGUCCAUGUCCGUCCUGCCUGCCAAGAACUCCUCACUGAGCGGCAGCUUAUCAUCUGGGCUCAAUGUGGAUGCCUCAGAAGGUAAGAAGAAGUUCAAGUUCAUGAAACACAAACGCUCCGGCAGCUCGGACAAUAAAGAGGCGUCUCAGAAACGUGCCGCUGUGGAAAAGAGCAACCUUUGCAUCAACGGCAGUCACGUUUACUGCGAGGAACCGCUGCCUCGCACCACGCGAAUCGGAUCCAACUUCAGUCUGACCAGCUCGGGACACGGAUCCAUGGAAGAUGUUCCGGAAAGCUCCCCGCCGCCCGUCGAAUCGCUUCCUGUGAUAAGGCAGUACACACCCUGGGAGGAGGAGGAGGAAGAAGAAAUGAGGAACGAGGAAGUGGACAACAAGGAGGAGAUGAAAAGGGGAAAAGAGCAUGCGGAGAAAGAGAAGGAGCAGGAGAGGAGAAGACGAGAAGAAGAGGAGAGGGAAAGAGAUGAAGAAAAGGCCAGAAAGGAGCAAGAAGAGGAAGCAAGAAGACAAGAAAUGGAGAAGAGGAGACAGGAUGAAGAAAAAGAGAGGAAAAGAGAGGAAGAGGAGAGAAUGAGACGAGAAGAACUGGAAAGAUUAGAAGAGGAACGGAUGAGACGAGAGGAAGAGGAGAGGGUCAUAGGAGAAGAACUGGAAAGGUUAGAAGAGGAAAAGAGGAGACGAGAGGAAGAGGAGAGGAUGAGACAAGAAGAACUGGAAAGGUUAGAAGAGGAAAAGAUGAGACGAGAGGAAGAGGAGAGGAUGAGACGAGAAGAACUGGAAAGGUUAGAAGAGGAAAAGAUGAGACGAGAGGAAGAGGAGAGGAUGAGAAAAGAAGAACUGGAAAGGUUAGAAGCGGAAAAGAUGAGACGAGAGGAAGAGGAGACGCUGAGAAGACAAGAACUGGAGAAGUUAGAAGAGGAGAAGUUGAGACGGGAGGAGGAAGAGAGGAAAAGAGAGGAAGAGGAGGAAGAGGAGAGGGUCAGAAGAGAAGAAGAGCAGGAACGGUUAGAAGAAGAAAAGCGACGGGAGGAGGAAGAGGAGAGGCUGAGAAGACAAGAACUGGAAAGGUUAGAGGAGAAGUUGAGAUGGGAGGAAGAAGAGAGGAAAAGAGAGGAAGAGGAGAGGAUCAGAAGAGAAGAAGAGCAGGAACGGUUAACGGAGCAAAAGAGACAAGAAGAAGGGAAGCUGAGAAGACAAGAACUGGAAAGAUUAGAAGAGGAGAAGCUGAAAUGGGAGAAAGAACAGCGCAAACGGGAUGAAGAGAAGGCCAGAGAGGAAGAAGAGAGAAUGAGGAGACAAGAAGAACAAGAACGAUUAGCUGAGGAGCAUCAGAGACUUGAAGAAGAGAGGAGGAGGAAUGAAGAGAAGGCGAGAAAGGAAAAAGAGGAGAGAAUCAGGCUGGAGGAGGAGGCCUUGCAAGAGAAAAUUCGAAAGGAGGAUGAGGAGCGUGCGAGACGACGAGAAGAACAAGAGGAGCAACGUAGACUCGAAGAGAGAAGGAAAGAAGAGAAGGCGAGAGAGGAGGAGGAGGAGGAGCGAGUGAGGAGACAGAGAGAAGAGCAGGAACGGUUGGAGGAAGAGGAGCGAGCGAAGGAGGAGGAAAGAAGAAGGGAGGAAGACGAGAAAAUGAUGGAGGAGGAAGCUCGAGAAGCCAAAAGAAAGGAGGAAGAGCAAAAGAGAAAACUUGCUGAAGAAGAGGAACGCCAAAGGGUUGAGGACGCGAGGAGGGAAGAAGAGCAGAAAAAGUUGGAGGAGGAAGAAAAGAAAAAGAGAGCCGAGGAAGAGAAGGAGGAGCAAGAAAGGCGAUGGAAGGAUGAAGAAGAAGAGAAAAGGAGGGAUGACGCAAAGAGGGAUGUUGACAAUCCACAAGUGGAUUCCUCCAAUCCGUUUGAAGAAGAAGUUUCGAAUCAUCCCUUUGAGGACAACAACGCACCUUCUAGGUCAGACCCAACCGUCGUCACCCAAAGUUUGCAAGAGCCUGAGACUUCAACCACAGUCGCUCAACGUGAGAAGCGACCAGCGCCUCAGCCGCCCGGAAAAACUGUAACUUCAUUGAUUACCGAGCAAGUCAAAGACAAGGAGGUGAAAACCGCCAGUGUUCCUCCCCAGCGCUCGGUGAAGACCAUCCCUCCUCGAAGUAGAUCUCCCACAGAUGCGCAAAAACAUAAACGCCCAGCACCGUCAAUACCGAGCACCGAGUCCAAGCCAGAAGCAAACAGCUUGAAUCCAUUUGAUGAUGACGAUGAUGAUGGGAUCGAGUGUGCUGCGCAAGAUCACGUCUCCUCUUCAGUGUCAUGGCCGCCCCCCGUGACCCAAACUCCCGAUCCAGACGCCAAAGUCAAAUCUUCUAAAGUGGCCCGUGCCCCUGCACCUCCCGCCAAGACGGUUGCUGUAUCAAGCACGCAAAGUAACACUCGUACUUUACCCGAUGACGCUAAAACCCAAGCACAGACUUUGGCGCACCGGGAGAGUUUGCCGAAAGAAGCCAAGCCGAGCACGCCGCAGCACGGGCGGGAUGUAGGCGAGAAGAAAGAAGCACCUCCAGCACCGUCGCGCAGACUACAUCCUGUGAAACCGCUCAGUGCUCAAGAACAACAUCCUGUCGUCUCGGAGGUCCAAGGAGACAAAAAGAAAAUGGUGGGAAAUGUUGGUCAAGUUGAGGAGAACACAAAGGUGAAAGUCGGGCCCUACUCGAUGCUCACCCGGGAAGAACUCAUCUCUCUGGUGGUAAAGCAGGAGACGCAGCUUCAGAACAAGGACCGAAAAAUUGCCGAGCUGGAGCGGUACAUCGACAACUUACUCGUGCGCGUCAUGGAGGAACAACCGAGCAUUCUCUUGUCUAUGAAAAAAGUCGUCUAGGUGGGUUUGGCUUUUUUGGCCUACUUUUCCUCUGCAUUUCAAAGCUGAGUGGAAAAUGAGACAGUUCUUUGUUACAAUUGAGCAGUUAUUGACGGUCUUAAACUGUAUUAAAUGUUGCCAACAUAAUUCCUAUCUUAAGAGCAGAAAUUGCUUCUGUCCCUCAUCUUUUGUAAAUGUUUACCUUUUUGAUGGUUCUAGCUCUGCAUUUGUUACAUAUACACGUCUUCUUGCACUGAUUAAAUGUUUACAUGAUCCAAAAAAAAAGCACUUUACUGAGCUUGCGUUAGAAUCUCAACACUGGUUGCAAUGUACUGUUGUAAAGUAUUAACAUAUCUGAGACUAAAACAAAAUGCCAAAUGAAGUGCUGUUUUUCUCUUUCCUAAUUCUCACGCGUGUGUGGAUGAUGCUUUGUCUAUUUUCAAACUGUACAAAAAAAUUGUUGUUUGUAUUUACUGUACAAGAAUAUUGAAUUAUUUUUAGUUCCCAAAAUUGUUACAAGAAUAAAGUAUUUGCGAUAAUCA